AUGGUCAUUCGCCGAGUGGAUGAGGCCUCCUUGUUGCUCUCGAGAAACCAGACCUUUUUCAGGUUAGUUCUAAGCUCAUGGAGUGAAUGCUCAACGACGUGUGGUCCUGGAGUGCAAACGCGUUCCGCAGAAUGCAUGGCUGCGCAUCCUAUCGCCGGAAUGAUUCGUCUACCGUAUUCCGAGUGUCAAUCACAAUCGCAGCCGUCACUUUUCGAACCAUGCGAGGCUCGUCCAUGUCCGCUUCAAGAAGACUCGAAAACCAAUCAUGAAGAGGUGCCAUUCAAAUGGGAGAACGGUGACUGGGGACCAUGUUCAGCCAGCUGUCUAGGGGGGAAGCAAAAAGCGGCUCUUCUGUGUCGAGAAUCAGCCACCGGUCGCGCUGUGCCGUGGUCUCAGUGCGACGCGAGAACUCGUCCACCACAACUCGUCCGUCAAUGCAAUCAGCAUGCUUGCCCACCACUCUGGCAGGUGGGAGGUUUCGGUGCUUGUUCUGUAUCUUGUGGUGGCGGCACGAGCACUCGUACGGUAAAGUGUGUACGGCCAGUGAGUCGCAGUGGA